GUCACCGGAGGCAGAGAGCCGCACGGACAGCUGGGGCGACCCGACACUUAAUCUACACAAACAACCGGCUCGGAGGCUCGCUGACAGGCUCAAAGUACAAAUACCAAACUAGUUCACUCACACAGCUCCUUCACAUUUUGGAUCUUAUGGCUGAGAGGGAGGACAUCUUUCUCAGAGCUACACACCGGACCUUCAGCGGACUGACUGAAGAUGCAGAGCGCGAGUGGACGGGACCAUUUUGCUUCAUCCAGGCGGCGGACCCCCAGCUCGGGCUGAUGAAGGCCUGGAGGGACGGCGACUGCGACGGAGGAGGGGACGAAUGGGCCGAGGAGAUCCAGCUCACCAAGCAGGCCGUGGAGGUCGUCAACAAGCUCAGACCCAGGCCGAGGUUCAUGGUGCUUUGUGGCGACCUGGUCCAUGCCAUGCCAGACACCCCAUUCAGAGAAGGUCAGGAGCGAGACCUGAAGGCAGUCUUGAAGGGGACAGAUCCCUCCAUCCCGCUGGUGUUUGUCAGUGGGAACCAUGACCUGGGCAACACCCCCACCCCAAGGACAAUGGAGCAGUACUGUAGUGCUUGGGGGAACGACUAUUUCAGCUUUUGGGUGGGUGGAGUCCUCUGCCUGGUGCUGAACUCCCAGUUGUUCUAUGACGCCUCGGCUUGCCCUCAGCUGAAGGAGGCCCAGGAGACGUGGCUGGAGGAGCAGCUGAGCAGAGCCUCCUCCUCAACGGAACCCAGACCCAAACACGUCCUGGUGUUCCAGCACAUUCCCCUGUACCUAAAGAGCCCCGAUGAGGAAGACAACUACUUCAACCUGCAGAGGGACGUCCGGCAAAACCUGCUGGACAGGUUCAAGAAAGCAGGGGUGAAAGCGGUGUUCUCCGGCCACUAUCACCGAAACGCCGGCGGUUGCCACGACGGCCUGGACAUGGUCGUGAGCUCAGCCAUCGGGUGCCAGCUGGGCGAGGACACCCACGGCCUCAGGGUGGUGGCGGUGACCGCUGACGACAUCGUCCACCGCUACUACAGCAUCGAGCAGCUGAGUGCAAAAGGCAUGGACGAGGAACUCAGGAAGCUCCUGCAGGUCUGAAUUCCCAAGGAGGAGAAAUCUGAAAAACUCGGGUUGACAACAAAAACAACAAAAAAAUAAAUUCCCCCAUUCUUAGAGGCACACAAGAAGGUUUUUCGAGACUGGAACAUUGGUCACAUCUGCAGAUAAUAUUGAUAUAUUCCUAGUAGAUAUAUGAUAAGCUACAACUUAAGCUUUUGAUCAAGCAGGCCAGUCCAAUCAAUAAUUUUCAAGUUGACCAAUGAUCCAAUGGGAGAUGUAGGAAAACACCAAGGUAUAUCAAAAUAGAUCAAACUGGUUGAGACAAAGUGAAGACAAAGAAAAGAUACAUUUCAGCUUCAUCCCAAAAUGAGUUCUGGUUUGCACUGAAUGCUGCAGGUUAAUAUCUAACAGGGUGAUGAUGAAGAGUAUUAAAGGGUGAAGUUUUCCUUUUAAUGAUCCUAAAAUAUGCAGCUGUCGUAGCCAUUUCUAUGUUUGCUGUUGUUGGCUAUCCUAUGCAAUAUGUGUAUGUUUAUGUUUAAUGUGUCACGGUGUUUAACAUGUGGAGCUGACCUCUGAUCAGACUGAGCUGUCUGUUUAUGGCCCCCUACACUGCGUCUACAGGUAAAUAUAGUAACUGAACUUUUUUAUGUUCAGCCAGAAUACUGCUAUAGAGAGUCUUUUAAUAUAUUUUGGUUUGAGAGGUUAUUCUUAUUCAAUUCAUUAUAACAAAAAAGAAUGAAGUUCGAAAGUUUUAAUCCUUAAGAAUUAUUAAAAUAGACCUUUUUGCCGCAUUACAAAUACAGAGUGAGUGUAGUAAACAGCAGGGCUGAUAUUAAUCAGAUAAAACAGUGGGGCUGAAUUCCAUAACUUGAUUUCAUGCGAAUCCCCUGUGCGGGUGAAGGGAAAUCAAAGCCAGCACUUGUUAGAGGCGGACCCCGCCACUAACAAGGAAAACUAUUACAUAAAGAGAAAAAAAUUGGUCCAUGAAUAUUUAAAUAAAUGGGAUUUUAUGUAGGGAAAUCUUAACCUUUGAUGUCUGAUCCUUUGUUGGACAGCAGACUUUAUUUGUGCCCAAACCCAUAUCCAUGAUGUAGCGUUGACACCACAACUAAUCAGUUUAAUCUGUUUGGAAAAGCUGCUGUGAACUCUGUAAAUAAAAUCAAUAAGGUAUGAUUGUGUUUUUAAAUGGCAAGUUAAAGGACUGGUGUCAGGCUGAUAAUCGUAGUGAUAGUGAUGUGAUUAAUGGUAGGAGGAGCAAAGUAUUUCCUGAAUGUUUAGUCAUGGCUGAGACAGCCUCACAGGAUUACAGCCUACUGGUCGCAGUCUUUUUUAGAAGCUCACUGCUUUGAAAUUGUCCUUAAAAUGGACACUUAUGCAACAAAAUGACUUUGUCUUUGAGCCCUAAAUGAAAAUUACGCUACACACACAGACUCUCACACUCGCUCUGACCGACUCAGAAUUUUAAAGAGUUGUCAUGGCAACCUUUUAGCAACAUAUCUGUGUGUUUGAGGAGAGAAAGAGUACACACUUCCCGGCUGUGUGUGUGUGUGUGUGUGUGUGUGUGUGUGUGUGUGUGUGUGUGUGUGUGUGUGUGUGUGUGUGUGUGUGUGUGUGUGUGUGUGUGUGUGUGUGUGUGUGUGUGUGUGUGUGUGUGUGUGUGUGUGUGUGUCCGUCCGUCCGUGGUCUGCAGGUUACUGUAGGUGAUUUACCAUCAGCGACGCCAUCGCUGACCUCAUUUCACACUGACGGUUUCUGUCUCUUUUCCAAAAAGUCAGCAUGCGCUGGCGGGAGGAGGGAGGGCGUCUGAGAGGAAUGGAUAAUGAGUAUGAUGUGUGAAAGACGACUCAGUCCAUCUCCUUCAUUUCCUGUCUGAGAAGGAACCUUAUGUCCUUAUCUAUUUUUAUAUCCUCAUGGUAGCUGAGCUCAAUCACAUUGUUCUCUAUCUUUUUUGUGUGUGAAUUUGUUUUUGAGCACAUUUGCUCUAUGAAUCGGGGAACAUCACACGUUUCGACUUGUUCCCUCAUUGAAUUCUAAUGAAUGACCAUGCUAGACACUAUGACUGUGACAUGAUUGGUUGUAUUUUUCUAUAAUAAAUGUUGGUUUUAUCUUAUGAUUGCAGGGUGUUAACGUGUUUAUUAUAUUCUGUUAUAUUCGCAUCACUUCUUUAAAAGCUAUUUAGAGUACAAUAAACUUUUUAGGCAUGUGUUUCUAAACAGUAGUGAGACGUAACUUCUAUUGUCUGG